UGCAGUGUUGAGAGAUAGAGAGAGAGAGACCAUGGAGGUUCACAAUAACCGGGGAUGUUCAUCCUGCACUCCUAGAAGUGAUUGCUGUUCGUGGAUAAUCAUACUUUCGUCGUUCUGCGUGAACUUUAUAAUUUUUGGAACUUUGUACAACUUCAGCAUUCUUUUUGUAAGUUUGGAUGAGCAGUUUGAUGCAGGUGCAACCUUGAUUGGGUUGGUUGGUUCCAUCGCAAAUGGCCUGACAUUUUUAGUGACUCCUCUGACGGCACUGCUUCUACAGAGGUUAAGUUGUCGAGUUGUCAUUCUUGCUGGCAUGUUGCUCUACUGCGCAGGACUGUUUACGACGUCAUUUGUAACCGAGUUCGGGUACAUGUACCUCACGUUCGGCGUCCUUAUGGGGAUCGGAGCCAACUUUAGCAUCUACUCAUCAAACUACCUGAUACUCGUGUGGUUUCGAAAUGCGAACCACGCACGAGCAUUUGCCAUGGCUGUUACAGGAUCAUCUUGCGGUAUGUUGGCGGUUAGCCCCUUGCUGACGAAUUUAAUUAUUUCUUACGGAUGGCGAAUCGCACUUCGUAUAAUUGCCGGUGGGCUGUUGGUGUCCGGUCUUGCCUCUGUGGCUUUUUUGAAAAACCCACCUCUCGGAGACAACUCGACCGAUACAAAAUGCCCACCUGAGAAAACAGCACGGGGUUCCGGGGACGAAAAAUCCCCUGAGACAACAACGUGGUUGAAACUAAAUUCACUCAGUGAGGAAUGUAUAAACAAUGGCAAUACGAAGGAUAUGCACAGUAACUCUUUAAGAUUAGAGGAGGAGGAGAGGGAGGGGGAGGAGGAGGAGGAGGAGAAACUGGAUGACUUGCGGCCUGGAGUCAAAAGUGGCCUUGAGAUGCAACGAUACUGGCUUUGCUUGGCUGGACUUUCUUUAUCAUCAAUUUUGUGCUGGUUGAUGAUGCAAUUUAAACAAAUGUCAACAGGUUGGUGGUUUAACUUCAACAUGUUGAUAUUGCAAUUUCAAGCGGCAAGUUUUAUGGAGCAACUUGGUAUCACAAAAGAUCAAGUGUCAUGCGUCAUCAUGUUCUUUGCUGUUGGAGAAAUUUGUGGUAAAAUUAUCGUGUCCGCAGUCGGCCACCGAUUCCCAGUUGGGCUCCUGUACGCCCCUGCCGCUUCGUCGAUCUGUGGAGCUAUGGCACUCGGGGUUAUGGCCGCCUGCCGGAGCUUUCCACAGAUGAUGGUUCUCUCUCUAUUUUCAGGAUUGUUCAGAUCGGGACUCUUUGGGGCGACCGCCUCGGUUUCAGCCACGCUGUUCCGCGAGUACAGUACCGGAGCAACUUCCGCAAUAGGUUUCUUUCCUUAUGGCAUUGGGAUUGUACUCAGUGCACCACUUUCAGGUGGUUUGUACGACGUGACGGGCAGUUACACGCUUUGUUUGGUCAUCAUAGCCGCCAUCUUUCUUUGCUCCUCGGUAUGUUUUGCAUUCGUCCCUGUACGGAGACGCAAAUGGCCGGCCUGUUCAUUCUUUCCGAGGUGCUGUUGUUCUUCGGCAGUGGACGAAACAAAACCAAACAACAACGAAGUUUAGGGUUUGUUUUAAACGGGGCAGAUUUGAAUUUCAAUUGACAUUGUGAUCGUUCUGCUAUAUUGCUUCACUCGCAUGCGUAUACGUGCAGCAUAAUGUCCAAAGUUUUCGCCUUUUUAUUUAUUUUUUUUAAACCUUCGUAAAUUUUACCACAGCUGCCAAAUGAUACCUCAGGGAUUAAUGACAAGAUCAUCUGUUAUUAUAUCCAUACAGUGAACCCUUUCUGUAUAGCUGUAUUUUAUUCACGUAUUUUGUAAACUUCAAAUUAAAGGGUUUAUGUACUUUUUCCUAACAAAAAACACAAUGUCCACAGAUUUACAUU